AUGUCUGAUAAUGAUAAAACCAUCGGUCCUUUGCCGACCGGAAGUGCCGGCGAGGUCGAUUAUAAUGAUCAAGACGAAUCUAGAGACGAUACAGUUGGUCCUUUACCAUCUGAAAUGAUGCAGUCUCAGGAAGAUGUUAGUGAAGACGGUGAUUCUGUACCAGUUCCUAAAAAGAAACGUAAAGUCCUUAAAGAUGAAGCAAUUUACCUACGUAAUAUCCCAGUAGCUCAAUACUAUGAAAUAAGUUAUAUGCAUAGAAAUGUGAUAACACAUGUUGCCUACUCAAAAACUCACUAUUUGAUGACGUGUAGUAAUGAUGGUCAUCUUAAGUUUUGGCGAAAAGCUGAUGGUGUUGGACUAGAGUUUAUCAAACACUACCGAGCACAUUUAGGAGCUAUUCUUGGCUUGUCAGUUAGCUGUGAUGGUGAAUUAGCCUGUACUGUUGGUGAUGAUAAAACUGCCAAGGUUUUUGAUGUUAUUAAUUUUGAUAUGAUCAGUAUGAUGAAAUUAGAUUUUUCACCUAGUGGGUGUUGUUUCAUUUAUACUCCAAAGGAUGAGGUCACUGCAGUUGCAAUAUCCGAUCAGGAUAGUUCUAAAAUUCGAAUAUUCGAUGCACGUAGCAAAGGUGAAUUAUUACAUACAAUUGAAAAAUUACAUGAAGCGCCUAUAGUUUGUUUAGCGUUUAAUCCUGUAUAUGCAUGUGCACUAAGCGCUGAUUCCGACGGUAUGCUGGAAUGUUGGUCUGGUCCAAAGAAUAAUUACAGUUUCCCACAGACACUUAAAUGGGAAUAUAAAUCAGAUACAGAUUUUUAUUGCUUACUAGCUGAAAAAACCUUUGCAUUCAGUGUUGUGUUCUCUCCAUCUGGUGAGAUUUUAGCAGUUCUUGGAGCAGAUAGAAAAAUUCGAUUAUUUCGUUUUUCUACUGGAAAAUUAAUUCGUGUUUAUGAUGAAAGCCUUCAACAAUAUUCUAAUUUACAACAGACUAAACAAUUACUACCUAGUAUGGAAUUCGGUCGCCGUUUGGCGCAGGAAAAAGAACUUGAUCGUUCAGAAUUUAAGCAUAGUUGUAACUUAGUGUUUGACUCUUCUAGUAAUUUUUUAGCCUACGCUACUUUAUUAGGCAUAAAAAUUAUUAAUAUCAUAUCAAAUCGUGUAGUUAGAAAUCUUGGUGGACCAGAGAAUCUGCGUUUUAUUCAACUUGCUUUUAUGCCACCACGUAGUACUUCAAUAUUUUAUGGUUCAACUAACAUUGGUUCUGGGACAUCAUCUUGUGUGCCUAGUUUAGAAAUGCUUGCUAUGGCAAAUGAUUCACUAACCGCGAGUAACAAUAGUGCCACUCCGUGUAAUUCAACAGUAAUGUGUACACCUGUAAUAGUAUGUACUGCAUUCAAGAAAAAUCGUAUCUAUUUAUUUACAAAUCGUGAACCACAUGAUGUAAAGUCUGAUGGUGAUACAGUCACAUCAGGAUCUACUGCCGAACGUGAUGUAUUCAAUGAGAAACCAACUAAAGAAGAAGUAUUAGCUGCAACAAGAGAUUCAGCAACAGCUGCUUCACGAUUAGCUGGUAGCGCUAUUCUACAUACAACUUUAGGUGAUAUACAUAUUCGUUUAUGUCCCAGAGAAUGCCCUAGAACAGUAGAGAAUUUCGUUGGACAUUCAAGAGCUGGCUAUUAUAAUGGUCAUAUAUUUCAUAGAGUUAUUAAAGGUUUCAUGAUUCAAACUGGUUGUCCUUUAGGCACGGGUACCGGUGGAGAAUCUUUAUGGGGUGGUGAAUUCGAAGAUGAAUUUCAUCCUAGUCUAAGACAUGAUCGACCAUACACUGUCAGUAUGGCUAAUGCCGGUCCUAAUACUAAUGGUUCUCAAUUCUUUAUAACUGUUGCUCCAACUCCUUGGUUAGACAAUAAACAUACAGUAUUUGGUCGUGUUGUCAAAGGUAUGGAAGUUGUUCAAAAGAUAUCGAAUAUUAAAACAAAUCCAAAAAAUGAUAAACCAUUAGAAGAUGUAAAUAUUAUUAGUGUAACUGUAAAAGAUUUAGGCGCCGGUAUUUAA